AUGACAGUGACGUCUCUGGUCAAGCGGAGCCGAGUAUCCGCCAUUGAUGAUUCCGACAUCCCUCUGAAACGAGUACGGCGGCAGACACGCAGUUUCGUGGUUAUCAACGACGAGAACCAAGACCCGAAAAAUGUAUCCUUCGAAGCUGCCCUGUCGGCAGACGUCUCUCUGGCCUGCCAGACGUCCCCAAGAAAGCCGAAGAAGACAGAUGCGGAAUCGUCGUCAAAGUCGCCAGAAAAGUCACCGGCAAGGUCAGCUGUGCCGCUUACUCCUUCAACGCCUCGUUUCCGCGAUGGAUUGGCCAGCAGAAUUUCGUCGGUGGCCAUCAGCUCGCCAGCCACGCCAACCACGCCAGUCACACCACGACAUCGGGUCAUGUCGGUUGGCCGACUCUCACGACGCAUGACCCCGCGUGGGGUUCCCGGAACACCGAUGACGCCGGCUGCAGCUCAGACGGUCUAUCACAAGGCGCGGCAGCUCUUCUCCCGCAGCUCGGGGACGGGGGCGCUGAUCGGCCGUGACGAGGAGCGGACGCGCCUGUGCGACUUUCUCGAGGAGCAUUGUGCAGCUGAAACAGACAAGAAGACGAGCAACGGUAGCUGCCUCUAUGUCAGUGGGCCGCCAGGGACGGGCAAGAGCGCGAUGGUGACGGAGAUGACAGACAAGGUGUGCGCAGAGACUGCAGGUGUGCGCAAGGCCUACGUCAACUGCAUGAGCAUCCGAUCAUCUGGCGACCUGUACAACACUCUCUUGCGACUGCUAUCGAGCGAGGACGGGACAGCCGACGAGUCGGGUACAGCCGACACGACAGAGGCAGAUGCCAUCAACACGCUGCAGGCCAUGUUUCUCCCGAAGAAGGGCAAGAAGGCAGCUAGCACAGCUGUCGGGGCUGACACUUUCCUGGUGGUCCUCGACGAGAUCGACCACAUUGUCACACUGGACCUCGAGAGCCUGUACCGCGUGAUCGAGUGGUCGAUGCUCAAGACGUCUCGGCUGGUGUUGGUGGGCAUCGCCAACGCGCUGGACUUGACGGACCGCUUCCUUCCUCGACUCAAAUCACGCAACCUGCAGCCGGAGCUGUUGCCGUUUUUGCCGUACACGGCAGCGCAGAUCAAAAACAUAAUUGUGACGCGUCUGCGCAGCACCUUGCCAUCCGACUCGGCAGCGACAGCCGACUUUCUCCCGUUCUUCCAUCCGGCGGCUGUGGAGCUGUGCUCACGCAAGGUGGCAAGUCAGACCGGCGACUUGCGCAAGGCCUUUGAAAUUCUGCGCCGGGCACUGGGCCUCGCGGAAGCAGAGGCCAAAGAGAAGUGUCUGAACGAGGCACGGGAGGCUGCCGGACUCACGAUGACGCCAACCAAGAAGCGGCCACUGGGCGAGAACGUGAACCUGGCUUCUUCGUUGUCUCCGUUCAAGCGAGCAGCCAGUGGGAUGGCGACCCCAUCAACAUCGACGUGGCUCACAUGGGCAAAGGGCCUCACGGUGGAGACGGCGCCACGAGUGUCGAUUGGUCACCUCAACAAGGUGACAUCGGCAGCAUUCGGAAACGGAGCACAGCAGCGACUACGCGGACUCAACCUGCAGCAAAAGGCAGCACUAUGUGCCCUGUCGGCGCUGGAAAAGUGGAACCGGGAAACACAUGCACAGAAGCUGCAGGCGACGCCAUCGGCCAAGCUGUCGAAGCUGAUCCAUGCGCCGAAGGCUGGACCCAAGGCAGCAACGAAAUCGGUGCGAGGCGGGGCAAGUGCAGCACCGACGAUCAAGAUGCUGUUCGACACGUACUGCAAGAUGUGCAAAUGCGAUGCAGUGUUACACCCGCUGUCGAGUUCUGAGUUCCGGGAGGUGGUGGGCAGCCUGGAAACAUUGUCGCUUGUGACGGCGGUAGACGGACGGACAGGAUCAUUUGCAGUGCUGCAGACGACGCCUCGAGGACGGCGCAGCACGAAAGGCGCGGCGAUGACAGGAGUAGCGGGUGAUGAGAAGCAGGUGGCAAGCUGUGUGGGCGAGAAGGAGCUGCAGCAGGCGCUGGAGGGACCGGGAGCGGAUAUUUUGCUGAACAUACUCAGCGGCGAGGCAUUGGACUAG